CCGCCGCCCGCCGCUUCCUCCGCCGCUUCUCCCGAGCCAGGCAGCCAUGGACGAGAUGGAGGAAGAGUUGAAGUGCCCAGUGUGCGGCUCCUUCUACCGGGAGCCCAUCAUCCUGCCCUGCUCGCACAACAUCUGCCUGGCCUGCGCCCGGAACAUCCUGGUUCAAACCCCGGACGCCGAGUCCCCGCAGAGCAGCCGGGCGUCCGGCUCGGGCAUGUCCGACUACGACUACUUGGAUUUGGACAAAAUGAGUUUGUACAGCGAGGCGGACAGCGGCUACGGCUCCUACGGCGGCUUCGUCAGCGCCCCCACCACCCCGUGCCAGAAGUCCCCCAACGGGGUCCGGGUGUUCCCCCCGACGGCCCCCCAGCAGCACCACUUGCUCCCGCAGCCCGCCUGCCCGACCCCCAUCCCCCGCAACGCGUGCCUGACAUGCCCGCAGUGCCACCGCAGCCUGGUGCUGGACGAGCGGGGGCUCCGCGGCUUCCCCAAGAACCGCGUCCUGGAGGGGGUGGUGGACCGCUACCAGCAGAGCAAAGCGGCCGCCUUGAAGUGCCAGCUGUGCGAGAGGAGCCCCCGGGAGGCCACCGCCAUGUGCGAGCAGUGCGACGUCUUCUACUGCGAGCCCUGCCGCCUGCGGUGCCACCCUCCCCGGGGGCCCCUGGCCAAGCACCGGCUGGUGCCCCCCGCGCAGGGCCGCAUCAGCCGCCGCGCCAGCCCCAGGAAGAUCUCGACGUGCACGGAGCAUGAGCUGGAGAACCUGAGCAUGUACUGCGUGCAGUGCAAGACGCCGGUGUGCUACCAGUGCCUGGAGGAGGGCAAGCACGGCACCCAUGAAGUCAAGGCUCUGGGGGCCAUGUGGAAGCUGCACAAGGGUCAGCUGUCCCAGGCGCUCAACGGACUCUCCGAUCGAGCCAGCGAGGCCAAGGAGUUCCUGGUGGAGCUGAGGAACACGGUGCAGCACAUCCAGGAGAACGGCGUGGAGUUCGAGGCCUGUCUGGUGGCGCAGUGCGACGCCCUCAUCGACGCUCUCAACCGGCGGAAGGCGCAGCUGCUGGGGCGCGUCAACAACGAGCACGAACACAAGCUGAAGGUGGUGCGGGAUCAGAUCUCUCACUGCACGGUGAAGCUGCGCCAGACCACCGGCCUGAUGGAGUACUGCUUGGAGGUCAUCAAGGAGAACGACCCCAGUGGUUUCCUCCAGAUCUCGGACGCGCUGAUCCGGCGGGUUCUGAUGACGGAGAGCCAGUGGGGGAAAGGAACGCUCACUCCCAGGAUGAGCAGCGACUUUGACCUGACGCUGGACAGCGCCCCCUUGCUUCAGACCAUCCAACAGCUGGACUUUGUGCAGAUGAAAGUGCCGGCUGCCCCCAUGCUCCAGCUGGAAGAAUGCUGCACGGAGAACAACAGCGCCACGUUGUCAUGGAAACAGCCUCCGCUCUCCACCAUCGCGGUGGAUGGAGAGAAAUGCAGGGAACAACAGAAGCCCCUGUACAUAUCCUUCAUUGACCUGACCAAGGCUUUCGACCUGGUUAGCAGAGAAGGGCUCUUCAGCAUCCUACCCAAGAUUGGAUGCCCUCCAAAGCUCCAUAGUCUCAUUAGAUCUUUCCAUGACGACAUGAAGGCAACCAUCCAGUAUGAGGUUCCUGUCUAG